GCCAGCGGAGGAGCCCACCACCUGGGGGGGCUACCUGGGCAAGGUGCUGAUGGCCUCCACCACCUACCUGCCCGCCCAGGUGACGGAGAUGUUCACCCAGGGCCGAGCCUUCGCCACCGUGAGGCUGCCCUUCUCCGGACACAAGAACAUCUGCGCCCUGGCCGUCAUCCAGAAGAUCCCGCGGCUGUUGGUGGCGGCGGCGGACGGCUACCUGUACCUCUACAACCUGGACCCCCAGGAGGGGGGCGAGUGCACCCUGAUGAAGCAGCACCGUCUAGACGGCAGUACUGAGCCAUCCAAUGAGAUCCUGGAGCAGGGGUCACAUGACCGGCCUCUGGCGUGCCAGACCUACAGCGGGGCGGUCUCUAAAGGUUACUGCGAUGAGCCGGGCGCGGUCGGAGGGGCGGGGCUGGACGACGACCUCAACGACCUGCGAUUGGACGAGGAGAACGAGCAGCCGCCGCUGAUCCUGGAGACGGACUGAGCGGCGGCCGCAGCCACCAAUCAGAGGGCUCCCUCUGGUGCUGCCGCGAACACAUGGACUCACGGGGGGGGGGUCCGGUCACAGCCCUCCUGGGAGGGGGGGGGCAUCUCAACACCAUGCAUUCAAGAGGCUGUAAUCCCAUCCCCCCCCCCUGCCACAUCCAUGUCCCCCCCCCCCCCCUCAGGGUCGCCUGCGCAGGUGACCCUGAAGCUUUGCAUGUACAUGUGCCAACCGCUGCUGAUCCCCCAGGGAGCGACCCCCCCCCAGUGGGGAGCGACCCCCCCCCCCCCCCAGUGGGGAGCGACCCCCCCCCCCCUCUCAGACGCGUCACAUGUUCCCCGUCCCGGAAGAGCGUCCAAGUGCCUCUGCCCUGUUGCCAUGGUUUCACUGAUUUGAGGGAGGGGCUGUUCCCCCCGCCCAUUGGCUAAAAUAAACGCUGUUUUUUUUCUCCUGUUUUUAAUCCUAACGAGCGUUUUGUUUUUAGAGCGGUCGGGCAAACCCUCCCCCCCCCCUC